AUGUCAUUACCAAAUACCACGAAAUGUAUGCCAACUACAGGAACAGGGCAGAACGUUACUUACAGUGUGAAUCUAAAGCCACAUGGGCUACAAAAUAAGAAAAGUUACCAGCAACAGCGUAGUUCUAAAGUUAAGCAAGCAACAACAGUAAUAGCUAGAAGUCCAGUAACAAAUACACUACCCACGCUAAGCAUGCCGCAUCGAAGUGAUUCAGAACCAUACUCAGUACCACUACAGGGAAAACCACAAAAACAGGCGUUACCUAAAUGCGUCGUAACUCCUCCACAGAUUUCAACGUCUCAUAGGGAAAGUCCAGACGUAUGUUAUCACCAAGCCCAUGCACAACAGUCGCCAGCCAACCGCAAUCAAAACACACAACCACAAGAACAAAAGCAUCAAAUCGAAGAGCAUGAUUUAUCAUCACGCCCAGCACUGCUACAAGGUUUAGCGAUAGUACCAGAGUCAUUACAUAAACUUGAGCCGCAGCCUCCACCUCCUGUUAAUCAGCAACAAGCACAACGAGAAACAUCACCAAGAAAUAAUCACCAGUCUGGUCCAGCAUCAUCUCCGUCAUCGACUACAUCGCCACAGAGGAAACCUACUACAAUACAGCCAGUAUCGAACAAUCGUCAUGUACAACCUACAAAUCCAUUAGAUAUCAAUGUUUCAGAUAGUAAACUUAAUACAGAACUACCAAGCCAAGAAACUCAAGCAAAAGAUAAAGUCAAGCGCGACAGUCAACAAGAACCAUGGUCGCCGCAAGAGGAAUUGAAAGUCGUUCAACCAAGCACAAAAGGAAACAAACCAGAAACACUAGUAAGACGUCUAAGCACCUUUAAACGAAAGGAUGACCAUCAUCAUGUCAAAAACCAAGACGAAUUCUUGAAAAUAUUCAAGAGUCCUAAGAUAAGAAAGAGAAAUCGUGCCUCAUCAUAA